ACCGUCACACAGCAGCUAGACUAGCCGUUGCAUUGGGAUACUAUAUCAGAACUUUUAAAGCUGUUUACAGUAACCCUCUAAUAGAGGCGUGUGGGGGGGGGAAAGUGACCGGUCCACAAGACAUCGUUAUUGAGAAACCGUGAUGGAGGAACACCUGUCUAACAUCCAUCCUUCCUCGUCUCCGAGUGACUCUUCAGGGAGCAGUGGCACCGACUGUGACAGCAGAGGAGCAAAGAGUCCAGCCCCGGGUAAAGCCCUGAGUCCAGCCCUGCUCUGUAAGGUCUGUGGGGACACCAGCAGUGGAAAACACUACGGCAUCUACGCCUGCAACGGCUGCAGUGGAUUCUUCAAACGCAGCGUCCGACGGAGACUCAUAUACAGGUGUCAGGCUGGUACGGGAAUGUGCCCAGUGGAUAAGGCCCAUCGUAACCAGUGCCAAGCCUGUCGGCUGAAGAAGUGCCUCCAGGCGGGCAUGAACAAAGAUGCUGUCCAGAACGAGCGUCAGCCCCGCAGCACGUCUCAGGUGCGUCUGGACUCCAUCGACGUGGACACAGACAAGGAGCAUCUGUCCACCACACGGGAUCCCACUUCCUCUUCUUCUUCCUGCUCUGUGAUCACCCGACCUCACAUCACCUCCACCUCAGUCAGCUCGUCGUCUGCCCCACCGCAGCGCUGUGCACCCCCCAGCCCACAGAACAACCACCGCUUCAUGGUCAGCCUCAUGACCGCUGAGACCUGCGCUAAACUGGAGCCUGAGGAUGUUGAUGAGAACAUAGAUGUGACAAGUAACGAGCCAGAGAGGGAGUCCUCAGACUACCACAUGUCCCUGUACCCUUCCAGUACAGAGAAUGUGUACGAGACGUCAGCCCGGCUUCUCUUCAUGUCUGUUAAAUGGGCCAAGAACCUGCCAGUGUUCUCCAAUCUCCCAUUCAGAGACCAGGUAAUCCUGCUGGAGGAGGCAUGGUCUGAACUCUUCCUGCUGUGUGCCAUCCAGUGGUCUCUCCCCCUGGACAGCUGUCCUCUGCUGUCCCUCCCCGACCUGUCCCCACCAACCAUGCAGAGUAAGACAUCCUACACCAGCGUGGACCUGCGUCUGCUCCAGGAGGUCUUCAGUAGGUUCAAAGCCCUGGUCGUAGACCCCACUGAGUUUGCCUGCCUCAAGGCCAUCGUCCUCUUCAAACCAGAGACCCGAGGUCUGAAGGACCCGGAGCAGGUCGAGAACCUACAGGAUCAGUCCCAGGUGAUGUUGGGACAACACAUCAGAUCACAUUACUCCAGUCAGCCUGCCAGAUUUGGGAAGCUCCUCCUGCUGUUGCCCUCUCUGCGUUUCGUCAGCUCUGAGCGGAUCGAGCUCCUCUUCUUCCACAGGACCAUCGGCAACACCCCCAUGGAGAAACUUCUGUGUGACAUGUUCAAGAACUAAUACACGGAAAAAAACAAAAUGGACGCUCAGUUAUACUGCACUGAGACACACCGCAAGUGAACAUGCCCGAAAGCUAACAAACUGAUGUGUGUAACAGGAUGUUGUAAAUAUCUUAUUGCUGUGUGUAAAGAAAACCAUGUAAAUAUGUCAUUGCUGUAAGAGAGUAAACAGACCUGCUUUUUGAGCUUGAUAACGUGUUGUAAUGGGCUUUGCUGUGUGUUGGACCCCAGACUCAAAAUGUCCUUUGCUGUGGGCAGAAUGUUUGUGUCUCAUAUCUUCAGUUACAUUUCAGUCUAGUCGUCCAUGGUCUAUAUUUUUCACGAUGUAAUGUGAUAUAUUUACAUAAAAUCUGUUUCGUCUUAGACACUGUA